UCACAGUCACGUGGUACCUCCAUAACCGCAUCGUAUAAAUACGCCUUGUCCUCAACGUUCCUCAACCGUCGACUCACACUGCUCGCUCACGCACAACGCGAAAAAUCUUCACGCCACUUUUCAUUUCCAAACCCCUUCGUUGUUCCUUGUUCACCAAUGAAGCGCAAGCUCAAAUCACGGACUGCUGAAGUAGUCGAUGCAUCAUCGGCGGAAGAGCAGUCUCUCAAUUUCAUGAAAAAGCAGCGUACAAAGCUCAACCGCCGCCGGCGGACUCGCAUCUCUCCUAUAGUUCAAUUUUCCGGCUCCGAUUCACUUUUCACCGCGUUGACCGAGGUCUCGUGCGAUUCCAGCAUCGCCUCCGUCGGCAACCAGAAUCAGCUGGAGUUCCGAAGUGAGCUUCCGAGAGUCGUUACGCGGGCGUACUACCGGAAGAGGUUCAAAAAUGCGAGCGAACACUGCAAUCAGGCGCCGGAGUUGUCGGAUAUUUCGUGCGUAGAGUCUUGCUCGGGAGCGAACGGAGGUUUGAAGCUGAAGAACAGAGAUGUGGAGGAAUUAGACUCUGGAAGUGGAGUGUUCGAGAAAUCUGAAGUUUCCAGUGCUCCACGGCGUUCAUUAUCCGAGAUCUACGCACAUAAACAGAAGGAAAACGAGACCUCUGAAGUUACCCAGCAUGAGUUCGUGCUCGCGAUUCCUGCUGUUCAGAAAAUUUGCCGUCAUGAGAUCACAAAUCCGGAGGCUGAGAAGGGCAAUUCGCUUGAAAGUGGUGGGGAAACACUUAAUUCCGACGAGAAAAAGGUCAAAAUCACUGAAGACGGAGCAGUAUCCGAACAGCUGCGACUUUCGGAGUUCGCCCCGUUGGAUAUUGAUCUGGCUUGCUCGGAGCAGUUCUCUAGCGGCGGGGUUAUAAACGUUAGUGAGGAAGAGGUGCAUAGUUCCUCGUCAUCGGAUAUUUUCUAUGGAAUUUCGGAUUUAGAGUUUGGAAGUUCAGAGUAUACGCCGUCCUUGUGGAGUUAUAAUUCUGGAAGUCAAUUUUCUGAUAAUUUGAUCGGAGAAGGGAGUUAUUCGCCUACUUUUGAAUUGUUCAAGCAGUUUAAAGAGCAGUUAUGCAAAUCAACCAUUUCGUUAAAAGCCUUCGACGAUCAAAAUCCUCAUGAAAUAUAUGUGAGUCCUUUGGAGAAUUCUGUUUUCCAUGUAAUGGGACUAGAAGAUGAACAAGAUAAAGAGAGCUACAGGAUGAUGUGGAGAAGAGAGAGGAGACAGGAGUAUGUACAUGACUAUGCUGAAGAAUACAGUAUUGGCACUGCCUAUGGCGACCUUGUUAUUCAACAGCGCCUUCGUAUGGUCCAAUGGAUUAUUGAGGAAGCCAACAGCAAGGACCUCCAAAAGGAAACCAUGUUUUUAGGAGUCAAUAUUUUUGAUAGAUUUCUGAGCAAAGGAUACUUUCAAAAUGUGAGAAAUCUGCAGAUUGCUGGCAUCGCUUGUCUAACUCUGGCGACCAGGAUUGAGGAAAAUCAACCCUACAACUGCAUACGUAGAAUGACAUUUGAUGUGGGAGGCACGAUAUAUUCACGGAGCGAGGUCGUGGCUAUGGAGUGGGUUGUGCAAGAAGUCCUUAACUUCGAAUGCUUUCGGCCAACCUUGUUCUACCUUAAAGCAGCAAAAGGUAACGAGAAGUUGGAUAAAACAGCCAAAUACCUAGCCGUACUCACACUUAUGGGAGACGAGCAGCUGCGCUAUUGGCCGUCAACUGUUGCAGCUGGACUCGUUAUUCUUGCUUCCAUCGCUACAAAUCAAGAUGCAUCCUGCCACCUCAUUGCAUCUAUUCAUGCCAGAAACAAGGACACUGAUUUACCUGAAUGCAUAAAGAGGUUGGAAUGGCUGGUGAAGUACCUCUGAUGGAGAUUGACAUUUGAUGCCCCUUCCAUGGCGACUCUUGCGAUCAAUCAGUUAGCAUAUUAGUUGUAUGCCAUUAUUGUGUUAAUGUUUGUCAUAAACCAAUCGGUCAAUAGAAGUAUAUGUAAGCCAAGUUAUACAUCACAAUAGAUUUUCUAUCGCAGUACAAGUUCCAAAAAAGCUACUUUAUAUUCGAUAUAUAUAUAUAUAGACAGCAAGGUUUUAGUAUUGUUGACACCAAGGUUGUUUUGUGUGGGCAUGCACGACAAAGUUUCCACUCACAAGGAAGAAAUAGUUUGAACACUAGUGAUCUGUGCCUUUAAAAUAUCUAAUUAAAAUACACUUGACAGCAAAGAGGAACUCCCAAGUCCCAAGUCCCAAGUCCCAACCAACUACUAGCAAAAUACAACAUCUAGCUUUGUUUGCAUUGGAG